GCCCUGGGUGCUACCAAAGAGGAUUUCGCUCCUGAUGCAAGGACUUGCCUAGGAAAGCCUGUCGCGGACGCAAUAGAUUUUGAACACUCCGUCAUAGAACUCACAGGAUAUGACCGCCCUGGGCUUCUCUACGAGGUGUCAGAGGUGUUGACGAAGCUGGGAUGCAAUGUGGUGGGAGCAGAGGUCUGGACGCACAAUAACCGCGUGGCUAUCGUCGUUCACAUUACUCAAGCAGUCAACGGCGGACCUGUCACCCACCCUGCUGCGCUGGCCGAAAUGCACGACAGCUUAUGCUCGGUGAUGGAGUCAGACAGUAUUAGAAUUGAGGCUCGGCACAGCUUCUUUGUUGGGGAGGCCCAGACCGACCAGAGGCUGCAUCAGCUAAUGUUUGCUGACAGGGAUUACGAAGCCGCUGGGAUUCAUGUCUCUCCUGCUGGUGCAGCUGACGAGAAACUUCGUCCCAGUGUUUCUGUAGGAAAUCUCCCUGGGUCUCAAUAUACAAUAAUCAAGCUGAGCUGCCUGGACCGGCCGAAACUUUUGUUUGACACGGUCUGCACACUUACGGACAUGCAGUACAUCAUUCACCAUGCUACGAUAGAGUCAGAAGAUGAUGUGGCCUUUCAGGAACUUUACAUCAGAACCAUGGACGGUUCGAUGCUGGACACCGAAGCUGAGAGGGAGCGCGUGGUUAAGUGUCUUGAAGCAGCUAUUUUGCGUCGCACCCCCAAG